UUUAAAGAUAUUAUCUUAAUUUGUUUUAAGUGACUAUUUUAUACUUUUAAUGUUAUGGUCAUAUAAUAUUCAAAUAUAUGUAAUCUAUUAUAAUAUAAAACCGAUACCUUAUAACUUAUUCAUAUCAUUGAGUUUCAUACUUUCAUUAAAUAAUGUUUAAAUAAGCAAUGUUUAAAAAAAUCAGAAGUUUUGUUUUUAAAUCUUUUCAAUAUUUCUGUGUUGCUCACUGUAUAACAGAACAUGUAGCAGAUAUAUUCUUAUGUUCAGGUGAUUCCAUGCAACCAUCUAUUCACUCAGGUGAUUUGGUAAUUAUUCAACGUUCUUCAAAGAUGUUCAACAAUGUAGAUAAAGGUGAUGUAGUUGUUGUAAAGUCACCUGAAGAAUAUAACAAAUUCAUUAUGAAAAGAGUGAAAGCUGUUGAUGGACAAAUGGUUAGAAGAGGGAUAAAUUAUCAAGUGGUACCAAGAGGCUCAGUAUGGUUGGAAGGUGAUAAUCACACAAAUUCAACAGAUUCUUGGGAGUUUGGUCCUGUACCUAAAGGAUUAAUACAUGGCCGAGUUAUUUGUCGAAUUUGGCCCUUGUCACAUUUUACUAUGAAAAUUUGAUAUGGCUUAUUUAGUAAAUAUAUAGCACAAAUAAAAAAUUGUGAUUGAUGAUUAUA